AUGCUGCAAGAGAAGAGUGUGACUGAGAACGACGAGAGCUUCCCAGCAGCUCAAGAUGUCCACUCGGAGCACAGCGUACAGUCACCGAGCCACGGCGCCCCAGGAGCCAGCAGCCUGUCUCCAGGAAGCCCCCAGGGACACGACCCUGACCAGAGCAUCGAGAAUAUCAAAGUUUAUCUGCACGAGAAGGAACUCUGGAAGAAAUUUCACGAGGCGGGCACAGAGAUGAUUAUUACCAAGGCUGGCAGGCGGAUGUUCCCAAGUUACAAGGUGAAGGUGACGGGGAUGAAUCCCAAAACAAAGUACAUUCUCCUGAUUGACAUUGUUCCUGCAGAUGAUCAUCGUUAUAAAUUCUGCGACAAUAAAUGGAUGGUGGCCGGCAAGGCCGAGCCGGCAAUGCCAGGGCGGCUGUACGUGCACCCGGAUUCGCCCGCCACAGGAGCGCACUGGAUGCGACAACUUGUCUCCUUCCAGAAACUAAAACUCACCAACAAUCACCUGGAUCCCUUCGGACACAUCAUUUUAAAUUCAAUGCACAAGUACCAGCCGAGACUGCAUAUCGUCAAAGCGGACGAAAACAACGCAUUUGGUUCGAAAAACACUGCCUUUUCCACUCACGUUUUCACGGAGACUACUUUCAUUUCCGUCACGUCGUACCAGAAUCACAAGAUCACCCAGCUGAAGAUUGAAAAUAAUCCCUUUGCUAAAGGCUUCAGAGGAGGAGAUGACAGUGACUUGCGAGUGUCCCGCUUACAGAGCAAAGAAUAUCCAGUCAUUUCAAAGAGCAUCGUUCGCCAACGGCUUAUCUCAAACCAUGGCCAGUUGACGCCCAAGAUGGAGUGCAGCACAGUUCACGGAACACAGAUUCAUCAGCACUAUCCAUACGAGAGCAACGGGCCACUACAACUAACCACGUCAGGCACACAGGACCUCACACUGACACCCUUCACAGCCCAGAGAGAUUCAGGACUAAUCUAUCACUGUUUCAAACCAAGAGAAGCCCACGGCCAUCCUGAACUGCCCUGCAAACGCCCUUUCCUGGAAGCCCCCUCCUCCCUGGGAGAUGAGCACUAUUUCCGGCCCCCGCCCUACGAGCAGCAGGUGUUGAGCCCGCCGUACCGCAGCGAAGCCGACCUGAGGGACGCCUGUAUGUUCUCGGGCCCGGGAGGCGAGGUGGGUGGAGCGACGGGGCACGAGGACCAUCCCCAAGCCCUGGGCUGUAACAUGUGGCCCCCCGUGCCCCCCUAUGGCAGCUGUGGAGUCCAGACCAUGGAGACGGUACCUUACCAGCAUUUCUCGGCUCACUUCACCACCACGGCCAUGAUGCCACACCUGCCCGGGUUGCCCGCACAGAGCCCCCAGCCGCCUUGCGACCCUCAGUACAGCGGCUACUCCCCACCUCAGCACCAGGCCAGGAGCCGGGGGCCAGGGGGGGCCGCCUGCUCCCCCAGGGACAGGGUCCCUCUCCUGCCCCAUGAGAGACACCCGUCAGCUCCUCACACCCAGAGCACUCGGGAGUUGCUCUUCUCACAGAGUCUAUCGUUACCUGGCCAGUACCACUCCGGCCUGGGCACUGUGACAACCUGGACAGACAGCUGACUCAGACUGAUACAAGCGAAUCAGUGUGAAUAGGAAGUGACUAGGGGGAAGGCUGGAUUUUCACGGAUGGGCACAGAUACGUUUCACACACACACACACUCACACGCACACAUACGGUUAUUUCGUCCCCAGAGCCGGUUAUUUUGCCCGCUUUUCAAUAUUUGUUUUGUUGCUCGACGAAGGCACUCAAAAAAACUCGAUGGAAAAUGUCCUGAGCUUUUGUCAAAGGGAACGAGUUAAAAUCAACCGCAAAGAGGUCAGUUGGCGUAGCGGCAAUCUCCAGUU